GGAUGCAAGAUACAGGAAUGACAGUAGAUUAUUACAACUUAUUGAAUGUUACGAGGACCGUCAAUGACGAUGAUCUAAAGAAGGCAUACAGAAAGCUUGCGAUGAAAUGGCAUCCCGACAAGAACCCUAACAACAAGGAGGAGGCCCAAGCCACAUUCAUUCGGAUAUCUCAAGCUUAUAAAGUGUUGAGUGACCCACAAAAGCGGUCCUUAUAUGAUCAAGAUGGUGAAGAAGGGUUAUUAAACCAAAUGACACAAUGUGGUUCUAAUAAGAAAAACGGGUUUACUGGUCGAACUGCUGAAGAUAUCUUUGAAGAUUUCUUUGGUUUUGAUUUCGAUACUAGUGGAGUCCGGAGGUCCACGGGGUUGCACUCCAAUGAUAACAAGUUUAGAGGCUCGAGUGAUGGUGAUGGUGUAACAAUGCGAAAAUCGCCACCUAUAGAGAACAUAUUGCCUUGCAGUCUUGAGGAAUUGUAUAAUGGAUCAACAAGGAAUAUGAAGAUAUCAAGAAUAGUUGUUGAUGCCAAUGGACAAUCGAUACUAGAAAUGGAGGUAUUGACGAUUGACAUAAAGCCGGGCUGGAAAACAGGAACAAAGAUUACAUUUGCGGAUAAAGGGAGCGCAAAACUUCACGAGCUUCCGGCAGAUCUAGUGUUUGUUGUCGAUGAGAAGCCGCACGCCAUCUAUAAAAGAGACGGCAAUGAUCUCUUCAUAACCUAUAAGGUUACAUUAGCCGAGGCACUUAAAGGAACCACGGUUAAUAUUACCACGCUUGAUCAACGAGAUCUAGCCAUUGCGGUAACAGACAUUAUUACCCCUGAAUACGAGCUUAUGGUUAGCCAAGAGGGAAUGCCUGUCGGUAAGGAUCCUGGGUGUAGAGGGGAUCUAAGGGUCCAGUUUGAAAUCAAGUUUCCUACAAAUUUGACAUUUGAACAAAAAAUGGCACUGAGACAUGCUUUAGCCAGUUAAAUACAUGUAACAAAAUGUUGGUUUCUUCAAUUCUU